CACAGGGACAGAGAAAUCCUACCAUCUGACUGAAAACUUCUUUGAGAAGGAAACUCCGUCUGAAACAUGAACAAGCUAUUUUGUAUUAUUUCAGGAGUUUUAGUAUGUGGUUUAAUAGGCAUUCCAGGAUCUCAUCAGGAUGAAGUACACAGUAAAGGAAUCUUAGCUCCUACUGUAGCUUAUGACCAUAGUGGUGCAACAAAUAAUGUCUCUUCGGGAGAUGGCCUUGAGAACUCCAAUGAAGAUUAUGAGGAUAAUGAAAAUGAAGGUGACUUGUCACCAACAGAGGGAUCACAUGUAGAUCCAGAACUAAUAAGAGUUCAGCCUGUUGCCCGGCCCGAGGACAAGGGAAAGAGCAAGAAAAAGGGAAAAGGAAAACGAAAGAGCAAAUCUAAGGGAGAAAAGAGUGGCAAGAGUGUGAAAGGAAAGGAAGAGAAGGAAGUGACACCAGACCCUUGCAUCACCACACAUGCGGAUUACUGCAUUCAUGGGCAAUGUAUUUAUAAUCAGGAGCUGGAUGAACCUACUUGCAUAUGUUUAAAGGGAUAUGAUGGAGAAAGAUGUGGAAUCCAGUUGUUGAAAACUGGACAGAAAGAAAAAGACUGGAUCAAUACAGACGUCAUUCAGACUGUCCUAGUAAUAAUAGCAGUCGCACUCUCUGUGAUCAGCUUAAUAGCCAUCCUUCUAAUUAUUUGUGGCCCUUACAGAAAUCACAGAAAGCCCUUCAUAGCAAAGUGCCUUGGAGAAAGCAGUGAAAAAGAGAAACUUCGACAAGAAAAUGGUGAUGUUGCAGUGUAGACAACAGCAG